AUGGCCUCUUCUGGUAUUCAAGUGAAGGAACUGGAGAAGCGUGCCUCUGGGCAGGCCUUUGAGCUGAUACUCAGUCCCCGCUCAAAAGAAGCAGUCCCGGAAUUCCCUCUUUCUCCCCCAAAAAAGAAGGACGUGUCAUUGGAAGAGAUUCAGAAGAAGCUGGAAGCUGCAGAAGAGAGACGUAAGUGUCAUGAAGCAGAAGUCUUGAAGCAGCUCGCUGAGAAGCGAGAGCAUGAAAAAGAGGUGCUUCAGAAAGCGAUUGAAGAAAACAACAACUUCAGCAAAAUGGCAGAGGAGAAGCUGACCCACAAAAUGGAAGCGAACAAAGAAAACCGCGAGGCGCAAAUGGCUGCGAAACUGGAACGCUUGAGGGAGAAGGACAAGCAUAUUGAAGAGGUUCGAAAGAACAAAGAAGGCAAAGACCCCGGUGAGGCCGAAACCAACUGAUUUCAUUCUGGAAACUGACUCUCUCCCCCUCCUCUAAAUAUCCAAAGACUGUACUGGCCAGUGGUUUUACCUUUUGGUUUUGGUUUGGAUUUUUUUUUUUUAAGUUUCUAGAAACUGAUGUAGAACUGUAAAAUUAGAUCCAAACUGUACACUUUGCUUUUGGGGGCUAGAGGGGGAGACUGUACAUGUUUUCACUUUUUCUAAAGUGUUGUCCUUCCAGUGUAGCUAUCUUCUUGUUGCAUCCUUUUCUACUCCAGUGCGCUCGCUACUGGGUCGGUGGCUAGUACUGUACCAGCUCUGUAAGACGUUUGUGAAAGGAAUAUGUAGUAUAUACUGUUCCAUACUGAAUAUCUGUGACACUUCAAAAAAAAUCUGACUCUGUCCCCGUCUGCUAAAAUACUGCUGUAACUGAGUGACUAAAUAAAGCUGCACAGUGCUGUUA